CCUAAACUCAUUUCUUUUAUCUCACUCCUUCUCUUCCCUAUAUUCUCUCAAUAGAAAAGAAAAGAACGGAAAAGAAAAAGAAAAGAGAGAGUGUAGGUAAAGAGAGGACAUUCACACAGCAAAAGCAACAACAGCACCAGAAACGGUUGGUUCACAGAUCUGGGAGAAGAAGAUGGGUCACAACCAGAACCAGAGAUCGCUGAUCUACGCCUUCGUUUCUCGUGGAACUGUGAUUCUCGCUGAGUACACUGAAUUCAGCGGCAACUUCAAUUCCAUCGCGUUUCAGUGCCUUCAGAAGCUUCCAGCUUCCAACAACAAAUUCACUUACAACUGUGACGGCCACACCUUCAAUUACCUCGUCGACAAUGGCUUCACGUAUUGUGUUGUUGCGGAUGAAUCGGUUGGAAGACAGGUGCCUGUGGCUUUUCUAGAGCGUGUGAAGGAUGAUUUUGUUGCCAAAUAUGGCGGUGGAAAGGCUGCUACAGCUGCUACUAACAGCCUCAAUAAGGAAUUUGGACCAAAACUGAAGGAACACAUGCAGUACUGUAUUGAGCACCCUGAAGAGAUAAGCAAGCUUGCGAAGGUGAAAGCUCAGGUUUCUGAAGUUAAAGGUGUCAUGAUGGAGAACAUUGAAAAGGUGCUGGACAGGGGAGAAAAGAUAGAGCUUCUGGUUGACAAGACUGAGAAUCUUCAUCACCAGGCACAAGACUUCAGGAAUUCGGGGACCAAAAUCCGUAGAAAAAUGUGGCUGCAAAACAUGAAGAUAAAGCUGAUUGUAUUGGCAAUUUUGAUAGCCCUGAUUCUCAUAAUUGUCCUCUCUGUCUGCCGUGGGUUCAAUUGUGGAAAAUAAGCACCAUUUAACGAGUCAUUUUACCUUGUUAUUUCGACCUUCUUGUGAUUAUAUAUGAGGAAAGAUAUCGAAUGGAUGACAUGAUUUUGUAUGUAGUAAAAAUAUCAGAUCCCGUAUACUGUUCACUUUUAAGAUUUUACAGUAUGAUACAAGAAUGCUUUUGAAAAUUUAAAUUGGUUGUCUAUUGUAGUUUGAUUUUCCUUCAUUUGACUCAUCUUGUCAUCAUUCUUGCAAUUAAGUUC